UGGCGAGAUUUGAUUGGUUGGUCUCAGCGCGCGACAUGGCGAAGUGAUGAGAAGUAAACAGUUUAGAAGUGUUUUCAUGUUUUUGUUAUUGAGGGUGUUUUGCACCAAAAUCUGCGUUUGAACCGCAAACAGUUUUUGGAAUAAUGAAUAACGCAUCUAGGUAGUUAGUUUGUUUUUCAGAAUUAAUUCUGUGCAAGUGCAUGAGGAUGGACUGCGUUGCAACCGGAGGAAACGUCAAAGUGCUGGCCAAAGCAAUACACUCCCUUUCAAGGAUUGGAGAAGAACUUUACUUGGAGCCCACUGAGGAUGGGCUAACCCUACGUGCAGUGAACUCAUCCCGAUCAGCGUUUGCCUGCUUCCUGAUGACUCCGCUCUUCUUCCAGAGGUACCAGGCUCCUCCAGACCAAGCCUUCCGCUGCAAAAUGCCCAUCAAGAGUGUACAGACGGUGUUCAGGUCUCUCUCAUCUCUCGAGCGCUCUGUGGAGAAGUGCCGUAUUGAGAUGAACACUGAGCAGAGUCGUCUGAGAAUCACACUGCACUGCAAACAUGGGCUUUUAAAGACACACAACCUCUCCUUUCAAGACUGUGAGAGCUUGCAAGCAGUGUUUGACAAGGACAGCUGCACCAACAUGCUCCGAGCCCAACCCAGGUUGUGGGUGGAUACAGUUCUGCAUUUCCCGCCCUCUCUGGAGGAAGUGAGUGUAUCAGUGAGCAGCGAUCGAGUUUGGCUCAGAAACCACGUAGAAGAUGAUGCAGACUCAUCAAAAGCCAUGAUGACUGAGUUGUGUUUGAGCUCAGAAGAGUUUGAUCACUUUGCUAUUGGCUCUCAGACCAGCAUCACCUUCUGCCUUAAAGAGCUCAGGGGUUUGUUGGUCUUUGCUGAGACAGCAGGUCUUCCCAUCUCCAUGUACUUCGAUGAGCCUGGCAGCCCCGUUGUCCUGAGUGUGUCCGACAGCGUCUUAGAGGCGAACUUCGUACUUGCUACUCUCUCUGAAGACGCACACCAGCGCAACCACAACAACAACAAAGCCGAUGGGCCCCGAGCUGAACUCCCACCGGAUGACUUUAUGUGCGAUGACAUCGACUCAUAUCUCAUUGCCAUGGAAACCAGUGACCUUGCAGGGCCUUCCUACGAACCUCAACCUCAAUCUUCCUCCACCAAUCACAAAAGCCGACUGCUCAGUGAAGAGGAAGACGAGGAGGAGGAGUCAGUGGAGAGACCUCCCAAUAAAAAGUUCUGCUCACUUUUCUUUGGAUCCGUGCUGCCGGCUUCCUCUCAGCUGACCAACCAGACAGUGCAGAGCCAGGAAGUGCUCGCCAGUGACAGCGAGGACGAGAGACAGUCAGAUUGAACGCUGUAGCACUGAUACCCCAAGAAACCGAGAGUGAAAGGGGUAGAGAGAAAAGACAAAUGGACGAUUUACACCAAACCGCACAACAGAAAGUGCAUCCACAUGGAACGUCCUUUUUAUUACUAUUUCAAAGUGCGUUGUUCUUUUUUUAAAAGUUGAAUCAGUGGUGAAGCGGUCAAAACAAGACAUGGCACACCCAAAUCAUUGUACAGAACUGACAUUUAAAAAGGUCAAACAGUUUAUUUCUGUGUGAUGAACACUGAAGUUAAUUCACUAAAACUCAAGCUGUGUGAAGAAUAGACAAUGUCAUCUCUUACAUGCUUUGGUAAUCUAAGUCUCCUCAAACUUCAUUCCUGAACGGCCACUUGAAACAUAAAUGUAGAUAAAUAUAGAUACCUGUAAUUGUCUUUACAUGGCUGAUUUUAUUUUGUAAACCAACCAGUCAUUACCACUAAAGCAUCACUGGCUUUUACUGGGGUUAAAUUCUGAUUUAGGAAAUCACAACAUUCAAAUACCAAGGAAAUUUCAUUAAAGGAGGCUUUCAAUAAAAAAUAAUUUAUACCA